UUUCAUUCUCUCUGACCUUAGUCGUCAAGUCAAAUAACCAAGACAUAUCCUGAGGCAAGGGAAAUACAUCAAACACGCAAACUAUAAAAAUGGCACCAAAAACCACGGAAACAGCAAAUGAUGCUGUCACCAUUGCAUCAGCCACUUCCAUGUCAUCUCCAGCAACAGGACUUCCUCCCCAUAUCCGCCUCCUCUCUUCCCUUAUUCAACUUUAUCACCAUUUUCUGGGGCGUAAGCCUGCCCAGUCCAGUAAGGACGCUACAGUCGAAGCUACAGUUGAUUUUUCCAAGAUCCGAUAUUCUCAAGUUUGGGAAGAUACCCGCCUUCUACGCCAAGGGCUCCGUCUUAAGCCUCAGAGCCGUGUGCUGAGCAUCGCUUCCGCUGGCGAUAAUGCCUUUGCGCUUCUCCUAGACGACCCUCGUGAGGUCGUCGCUAUUGAUUUUAGUCCUGCUCAGCUUGCAUUAUGUGCGCUAAAGGUCGCAGCCUAUAAGACGCUCGAGUAUGAAGAAUUCACACAGCUCCUCGGGUUUGAGUUUUCGGACGCCGAUGGGCAUAUUCUGCACCCUGAUAUUGGCCCCGAUAGCCGUGUGGCUCUUUAUCAAAACAAAGUUCGAGCGGCAUUGACAAAUGAAGAAUACAGAGUCUAUUGGGACGAGAACUUGGAUCUUAUCCGUCAAAAGAUUAUUCAUGUGGGUCGACUUGAGAAGUUCUUCAACAUGUACCGCCAUUAUAUUUUGCCGUUGGCACAUUAUCAAUCUGCCACUCAGAAGCUACUUUCUAGUAAAGACCAAACGAAGCAAAUCAAGUUCUAUGAUUCGGUCUGGGACACUUGGAUCUGGAGAGCAGGAGUCCGAUUGUUCUUUGGUCAGAUGUCGUUGGGUCAUCUCGGUCGCGAUCCCAAAUUUUUUGAACAUGUCCAGCUGGAUGUCGGAGCAUUUUUAUUGAGCAAGAUCAGUAACGGAGUACGCAAUAUUCCAAUCUGGGACAACUUUUACGCGGAAUAUGUGUUUACAGGUCAGCAGAGCGGCCGGAAUAGCCUGCCGGAUUAUUUGGUCAAAGAGAACUAUAAAAUCAUUCGAUCCAGGAUUGACCGGGUGGCGCUGGUCCGUGCAGACGUACUCAAGUAUUUAGGGUCUGAGGAGAGUGGGUUCUUCGACGGAUACAAUCUCUCGGAUAUCUUUGAAUGGAUGGAUGAAGAUUUAUUCAAGUCAUUCUUAAAAGCAAUACACAGGAAGGGUAAUAAAGAUGCCAGGAUCUGUUACUGGAACUUGUUCGUACCCCGUGAGAGGCCAGAGGAGUUAAAGGAUCUGAUUCGUUCUGAGGUCGAGCUAUCAGAAGCAGCGACUGGAAAAGACCGUACCUACUUUUACCGCCGUUUCGUCAUUGAGACCAUCCUCAAGGAUUAAGGAAUGCAACAAAAAGAUGAAUAUCUUUAUUAAAAA